AUGGCAGAAGAAGAAGAGGGUGUAUCAAGGAAGGUUGUGGUUCGCAACCGUUGUAAAACAGACUAUAUUGUUAAAGUUAAUGGAUUAUUGAGACCAAGCCAUCGCUCUCGAAUUGGACGCACUCCAUUUAGGUGGUGUGUUGACAUGGUGAAACCGUUGGAUAUCAAUGGAGUUUUGUUGAAACACACACUUAGUCGGUGGGUCCCUGAACAUGAAAGCAUAUGUAUCAGGCAACAUUUGGUACGGUUGUCUGUUUUAGAUGUUUGUGUUUGUUUGGGUCUGAAUGCUGUUGGGGUUGAUGUAGAAUUCAAUAGUGUUGUGUGCGGGGUGAUAAAGUCAUUAUUUGAACAUGAACCAAUAACAAUAGAUGACAUUGUUAAUAGGAUAUACUUUUAUUUACAAAGUGGCGAUGACAAUGACAUUGACAAUGUAGACAAUGUUUGUCGUUUGUACUUGUUGUUGUGUUUUGCUCUUUUGUAUUUCCCUAGGACUUCUAGAACUGUCACAAACAUGCCAUUUAGAUUGUUGGAUAACCUUGACAACUUGAAUCAAUACAACUGGUCAAGGUCUGUCCAUAGUUUUUUAGUUGAAGGUUUCAAUCGUGCUUACCACACUUUAAGGCAAGAUCAAAACACGUCAACCAUAACUGUAGCUGGGUCCGUGGCUAUUUUUCUGCUUUUGGUUUGUCGACUACUUUCUGUGGGGUCUUACGAAGGUGACGUUAGUUUCCCAAGAAUUUUGAGUUGGCCAUCGUUGGUGAUUAUGACUCACGGAAUAAAAUCCGCAUUUGAAUCUAACAAGGUUGUUCUUGAAUGGGAAUUAACUGAAGACGAAAAAAACAUUGAUGUUGUUCGUGAAGCCUUAAAUGUAGGUUCACAUGGCAUCCCAAAAAAAGGAGUAGAAGACAUGUCCUUUACUAAAUUUAAGCAAUGGUGCAAAAGGAAGCUGAAAAGAAAUUAUAGGGUUGUUCAACAACUAAAAGAUCAGCUUAGCAAUAUGGAAGAAGAGUACGCUUGUGGAGGUCAAGAACCCGACCCAUCUUCCUUUGAGGAACCCGAACCCUCUCCCUUUCAUAAUGGUCAUCGCUUUGAUGUUGAGGAGCCCCAAUCUCGUCCUUUUGACCACCCAUCUUCCUCCCAUCAACCUCAACCCUCUUCAUUUGAUAAAGGUCAUGCCUUUGAUGUUGAGGAGCCACAAUCACGUGAUUUUGAGGACCCAUCUUCCUUUCAUCAAGCUGAACCUUCUUGCCAUGAUAUAGGUGAUGGUUGUGAUGUUGAGGAGGCACAAGCACGUCAUUGUAAUACUCCCGAAUACAAUCCUCAUGGUAUGGAAAUUAUUCCAUAUGUGGAACCAGGAAAAUGUUCUUUGGAUGUUGACUUAAGUGAAUUGUAUCGCAUUCUUGUCUCACAAGAUGGGAGGCAAACGGUGGUUGACAUAAAUCACCAGAUAUUAACCACAGUUGAGUGCUGUGGAUUUCGUCCUCGAGGAAAACUUUCGAACAUGGCCAUUUUGUUUGCUUACAACAACUUCAUGUAUAGACAAAGAAAAUUGAAUGGGGUGAUCAAGAGAGUUGUGUUUGGUACUUUGUAUACGACCGUAGUUGUUGAAGAUAGUAGAAGGGUCAAGGCAAAAAGACGUGAAUGGGUUUUAGGGGACUACAACAAUUUCCUUACACGUGGACUAGUUUCAGUACACGAUAUACUGUCAGCAGAUUUUGUCUUUGCUCCUAUAAUCCAUGAGCAACAUUGGUGGUGUUAUGUAAUAAACUGUCGCACACGCCAAUUUUUUGUGCUUGACUCUCUUGGGAGUAAACGACAAGGACAUAAAAGGAUAGACAAUGCGAUCGCGCGUAACAUGGAGAUUUUAUUUGGUUUACUUGAAAAUUGUUCUGAUGCUGAUAAACCAAAAUUUGAGGUCCUUACCCAAGAUCUUCCACCACAACCAAAUUUGUAA